CGCUGCCGGUGCACUUGAGCUUUUUGUGCAUUGACGGAAGACUCAGAACUGACAAAUUUAAUGAUGACGACAUCAUGGAGUGAUCGACUUCAGGACUAUGCAGACCUUCCGGCAAACAUGGAUGGCCUGGCAAUGAAGAAAUACAGGAGAGAGGCCUACCAUAGAGUGUUUGUGAACAGAAGUCUGGCCAUGGAAAAGAUUAAAUGCUUCGGCUUUGACAUGGACUACACUUUAGCAGUAUACAAAUCACCUGAAUAUGAAUCUUUGGGCUUUGAUCUGACUGUGGAACGGCUGGUCUCCAUUGGCUACCCACAGGAACUGCUCGGUUUUGUUUACGACUCCACUUUCCCUACAAGAGGUCUUGUGUUUGACACCAUGUAUGGCAACCUCCUAAAGGUUGAUGCUUACGGAAACAUCCUGGUCUGUGCCCAUGGCUUUAACUUCCUGCGAGGCCCUGACAUCCGAGAGCUCUAUUCCAACAAAUUUAUCCAGCGUGAUGACACAGAACGCUUCUACAUCCUCAACACACUUUUUAACCUUCCAGAAACAUACCUCUUAGCCUGCCUGGUUGACUUCUUCUCAAACUGUGACCGAUAUUCCAGGGGGAGAGAGCUUUCCUGUUUGGCUCGGACAACCUCAAACAAGGGAAGACUCUGUGAAACAGGCUUCAAGGAUGGAGACCUCUUCAUGUCCUUCAAGAGCAUGUUCCAAGAUAUCCGAGAUGCUGUAGACUGGGUACAUUUUAAGGGAACAUUGAAGGAGAAAACUGUGGAAAACCUGGAGAAGUAUGUUGUGAAAGAUGCAAAGUUGCCAUUGCUGCUGAGCCGCAUGACUGAAGUCGCAAAAGUUUUCUUAGCCACCAACAGUGACUACAAAUACACAGAAAAAAUUAUGACAUACUUGUUUGACUUCCCACAUGGCCCAAAGCAUGGCACUCCACACCGUCCUUGGCAGUCGUACUUUGACCUCAUCCUAGUGGAUGCUCGAAAGCCUUUAUUUUUUGGAGAGGGAACGGUUCUGAGACAGGUGGAUACGACCACAGGGCGGUUGAAAAUAGGAACAUACACUGGACCUUUACAACAUGGCAUUGUUUACUCUGGAGGUUCCUCUGACACUGUGUGUGAUUUACUCGGAGCGAAAGGUAAGGAUAUUGUGUACAUUGGGGAUCAUAUUUUUGGAGAUAUUCUUAAGUCCAAAAAGCGACAGGGUUGGCGGACGUUCCUGGUGAUUCCUGAAUUGGCGCAGGAGCUGCACGUGUGGACAGACAAAAGCUCUCUGUUCGAGGAACUGCAGGGCUUGGACAUUUUCUUGGCAGAACUAUACAAGCAUUUGGACAGCAGCAGCAAUGAGAGGCCAGAUAUCAGUGCCAUCCAGAGAAGAAUGAAGAGAGUGACUCAUGACAUGGACAUGUGCUACGGGAUGAUGGGAAGCCUGUUUCGCAGUGGCUCUCGGCAGACACUGUUUGCUUCUCAGGUGAUGCGUUAUGCUGAUCUGUAUGCUGCCUCUUUCAUCAACCUGCUCUACUACCCCUUCAGCUACCUGUUCAGAGCCGCCCAUGUUCUGAUGCCCCAUGAGUCCACAGUGGAGCACGCCCAUGUAGACACAGAGACCGAGUCUCCUCUGGCCACACGCAACCGCCACUGUGUGGACUGCAAGGACAUCGACUGCAAAAGAAACCAGCUCACACGCUCUAUUAGCGAAAUCAAACCGCCCCACCUGUUCGCUCAGCCGCCACAGGAAAUCACACACUGCCACGAUGAGGAUGACGAUGAAGAGGAGGAAGAAGAGGAGGAAGAGUAGAUGUUUUGGCCUAUUCUAGGGUAAAGAUACAUAGGACGAUGAUGAGAGAGUGAUGAUGGUGAUAUCGAGUGAGGUAGAAAAGGAGGAGUGGAUGUAUGAAGUAGACUAUAUUUGCCAGAUCAAGCUCAAAAAGCUGAUGUUCAUAGUAGAGUUCAGUUCACCCUCCA